CUCUUCCCAGAAUGUUCUUUUCUAGCCUUUUCCCCUGGGUCUGCUGCUGCUGGGAUGAGACUGUUUCUGUUUCUUAGGAUCCAUCAAGUUUCCCCCAAACCUUCUCCAUUGUUAGAUCCCUCUACCAGGAUCCUCAUACUGACCAGCAAGAUUUCUAGGCACAGAUUUGGUUACUGAAGUUUGGAGCUGGCCUUCCAAGUCUUGUGAUCUGCAGCAAUCAUUUUACAGAUGAGGAAACUGAGGUCAAGAACAACUGUAAUUUAAUAAAAGUCCUAUAGCUAAAUAGAGGAAGAAGAGGGCAGGAAUCCAGUGACCUUCUGAGAGCCAGUGUUCCCCCAGACACAACUACUCUCACCUAUUAGAAAUUUGAUUUGAAAAGUCCUCUGAUAACUGCCAAUGUGCAAAGUGACAGUUUGGUGGAUGCCCCAAAGAAACUGAAUUUUGAAAGUGCUAGAGGUGCUUUAUUCCUGAAAAUGAUAUUCGACAAAGCAGUCAACCCUGGAGAGGUGACUACAUCUCUCAUAAUUUUUGUGAUCAUUUUCAUGUUUGUAAGAGCCCUGGGGAAUAAGAGUAGAAAGUAUGUCUCUCCUCCUGGCCCACGAUCCUUUCCCAUCAUAGGAAAUCUUCUCCAUCUUGGAAGCCAUCCUUAUCUUACAUUCAUGGAGAUGAGGAAGAAAUACGGAGAUGUCUUUCUUAUCAAACUUGGCAUGGUGCCCGUUGUGGUGGUGAAUGGGAUGGAAACAGUAAAGCACGUACUACUCAAGGAUGGAGAGCAUUUUGCCGGCAGACCUAAUAUGCAUACAUUUUCUUUCCUGGCAGAAGGAAAGAGUUUAUCAUUUUCAGUCAAUUAUGGAGAGAGUUGGAAGCUUCAUAAGAAAAUUGCCUCUAAUGCUUUACGAACAUUUUCUAAAGCAGAGGCAAAGUCCUCUACUUGCUCUUGCUUACUAGAAGAACAUGUCGUCUCCGAAGUUUCUGACCUGGUAAAAGUCCUUACAGAGCUGACUUCCAAGAACAGUAGCUUAGACCCCAGAAGUGCUAUCACAUGUGCAGUGGCCAAUGUUGUCUGUGCCCUUUGCUUUGGCAAGAGAUAUGAGCAUGACGACGAGGAGUUCCUUAGAAUAAUUAGAACAAAUGAUGACUUACUCAAGGCCUCCAGUGUGGCUAAUCCUGCUGAUUUCAUACCAUGUUUCCGUUACCUCCCACUAAGAAUUAUAAAUGGUCCCCGGGAGUUUUAUCAGGCCUUGAAUCAGUUUAUUGCACUACAGGUACAAGAUCAUCUUACUACAUAUGAUAAGGACCAUAUCCGAGACAUUACUGAUGCUCUGAUUAAUGUAUGCCACAACAAAUACGCUGCUAUCAAAACAGCCACCUUAAAUGAUGAUGAAGUCAUAAGCACCAUGAAUGACAUCUUUGGAGCUGGAUUUGAAACAGUAUCAACAUGUGUAUAUUGGAGUUUUCUUUAUUUGAUAAACUAUCCAGAAAUUCAAGCCAAAAUUCAAGAAGAAAUUGAUGAAAAUAUUGGGCAGAAACCACCUCGAUUUGAAGACAGAAAAAUAUUACCCUACACAGAAGCUUUCAUAAGUGAAAUAUUCAGACAUUCCUCAUUUAUUCCUUUUACUAUUCCACAUUGCACUACAGCAGACACGACUCUGAAUGGCUAUUUUAUUCCCAAGAAAACUUGCACCUUUAUUAACAUGUAUCAAGUAAAUCAUGAUGAGACUAUUUGGGAUAAUCCUAAUUUAUUUAGACCUGAGAGGUUUCUAACCGAAGAUGGGGAACUGAAUAAAAGCCUUGUUGACAAAGUUUUGAUAUUUGGGAUGGGAAUCCGCAAGUGUCUUGGAGAAGACGUUGCACGAAAUGAGGUGUUCAUCUUCAUCACCACGGUCCUGCAGCAGCUCAGGCUGAAAAAACUCCCCCAAGCAGCGUUGGACCUGACACCCAUGUAUGGGCUCUCCAUGAAGCCCCAGCCCUACCAACUCCUAGCAGAGCCCCGCGCCCUGGGGAGUCUGUGCACUCAGUCUCACACUUAAAGUCUCAGCCAGGCCGGAGGGUUUCUUAUCUAAAUCAGAAAAUGUAUGUGAUUUGAACUCAUUUAAGAAACAAUUUAAAGAGCAUAUGCUUAAGCUGUGCUAUUCAGUUCUUCCUCUAUCACAGUACAAAAGUGUUUUCAAGGUGUCUGGUGCAGCCUCGGUUCCUGUCUCCCAAGGCUCUUUGAGGAUAAUAGUGAAAUGUGAUGUAAUUCAGAAAUUUUAUAACUGUCUCAUGUGGUGGUUCCCCAUGUCACUGUGAGUUUGAAAAAAAAAGGAACAGAUGAGUAGACGAUUCGAUUAAACAGAGACCUUCCCUUUAUACCAGUGCCAAAUAGACAGGUGUAUUUGUUUUACACGAAGUGUUAGAAUAAGAACAAUGUUUUGAUGACAAGUAUAUUUCUUUACAUCAGUCUAGGAAGUAGAUACUCAAGAGAUACCUAAGGGAGCUAGAGUUGCCUAGGAUAGCAGAGAACACUUUGUGGUGGUAAUAAAUGAGAGGCAGAGAAAAUAGCACAAAGGCAUAUUUCUUCAAAAUGCCUAUACAAAUACAGUAACAUUCUGAGGAGCUGGUGACUGGGAUAGCAACAUACAUUUUGGUGGAGACACAAUUCAUUUCAUACAAACAUGUUAUAAAAUAAAAUAGCAAUAAAAUAUGCAUAUAUAUUUUUCCACAUAGUACCCAGUACUAGGUGUAUACUUCUUUAAUGGAAUAUGUUAAUGAGCUAAGACAUAUGAAGAAUAUAAAAUGAACUGUGAAAGACUAUGAAUUUCUGGGUCUCCCUGGUGGCGCAGCGGUUGAGCGCUGGGUUACGAAGCUGCCCGUGUCUUCUGCAGCGCCGGUUCGAUCACCGGUUCGAUCCCCGGCUGCUCCCCGGCCACCGGGCAAGGGUCCCACAUGGCGCGCAGACCUCUCGUGCCACCCACUGCUCCCCUCAGCAGUGUACUUCGGUCCUUCUGCCUGCUCUGCUCCCUGCUCUGGUUCUGGUGAAUUCUCUCACCCUCCGGCGCUUCUGACUGUACCCAGUGCUUGUAUGUAUGUAUGUAUGUAUAAACAAACAAACAAAUAAACUUUUAAAAAAAGAAAGAAAGACUAUGAAUUUCAGACUGAAGCUUUAAAAGAUGUAGCAUUAUAAAAAGACAUGGAAUUCAAGUUGGGUGGUUGAGAGCCUGUCUGGGGCCUAAUUCAAAUGAGAGGUUCUAAUUCUAACUCUAGUUCAAAUAAGAGCAGUGAGAGGUGUGACUGUCUAGGUAAUAACCAGCUUUAUCUGGGAUAUGGCAACGGAAGUAGAGAAGUUAAAUAACUGGACAUUGAAAA